GCCCCUCAUCGCCUCUCAUUCUGACGCACACAUGCAAGCAAAACAUGCACGCGCACACGCGGAUCUUCAAAGCCGACUGCUUUUCAUAGUCUCCCUAUUAGCUAAAGAGAUUACAUCUGGGGCCCUGAACCAAAUAAAUAAGGUGAGAGGAGUGUCAGAGCUCAGUCUGCUCCACCUCAGGAUCCUCUCAGCACUUCAGUGGUGAGCAGAAAGGAAACCCACUCUCAAUCAGAGGGACAUUGAGAGAGCUGGACACAGCAGGGAUUACAGGUUUUUUUCCUACUGUGGAUUCCUCUCGUUUCAUCGAGAACAGAUUCGCUGGCCUGUUGCAUUGGGGUCGUUUUGCCAUUCUUCUCCAGAACAUUUUCCUUGCCUCUUGCUGUCCUCAUUUUCCCCCCGUCCAACAGAACAGGGGUUCUUCACUGGAUUGUACGUGGGAGAGCAGGAGGAGGUGAAGCGGUUCCCUGCGGAGGUGUUUUGAGUUAUGGAUGUUGACACAUUCCUUCUGGACACGAGGAGAACCGGAUCCAGCCUGAGCAGCGCAAGCAGACGCUACCGCCACGGACGCUUCGCUGGGCUUCACCUCCUGGUAUCACCCUUUCUCCCGGCCAGCUCUUCAGCAUGUACCUUUCUGUGAGGCUCUUCCCAGUCUUCCGAGCUCCAGGACAAUGUGCAAAUGGAAAGUGAUUAAGAGUGCCUCAGCCUGGUUCCGUCUGUCCUGCCUUUCCCUGCCGCUGCUGCUCCUGCUCCUGUGUUCGGCUCUGCCUGUGGCCUGCCAUGACACCCACAGGGCCGUACGUGCCCCGAGGGGCGCCAACUCCUCGUCGUCUGCCGUGGUGGGGCGGCAUGUGCGCAGCUACAACCACCUCACAGGGGACGUGCGCAAGAGGAAACUCUUCUCCUACCAGAAGUUCUUUCUCAGGAUCGAUAAGAACGGAAAAGUCAACGGCACCAAAAGCAAGGAUGAUCCGUACAGUACACUCGAAAUCAAGUCUGUGGAUGUGGGCAUCGUUGCCAUCAAGGGGAUUCAAAGCAAUUACUACCUUGCAAUUAACAAGAAAGGGGUGGUCUACGGGGCGAAAGAUUUUGGCGUUGACUGCAAGCUGAUAGAGCGGAUAGAGGAGAACAGGUACAACACCUACGCCUCGGCAGAGUGGAGGAACAGGAAGAAGCCCAUGUUCGUGGGCCUGAUGGCCAACGGGAAGCCGAUGAGAGCCAAAAAGACCCGGAGAAAAAACACAGCCACACACUUUCUCCCCAUUCCUAUCGUGUAGCUACAACCCCACCAAAAGGGAACAUUUAACUGCACUGAGGAAAGACUUGGAUUUUUUUUUCGACAGUUUGGAGAAGGCACUAUGUAAAGGAACUAAGAGAACUCCUUUUCACUGAGUCCGAUUGUUGUCACAUAUUUGUUUUUAAGUUAUUGGCACCAGGGAAAAUAUGGGACAUUUUUUUAUGCCAAACCCUUUUCUAGCAAAGGAAAGGUUGGACCAAAACCUACGGAGAGGAAUCGGACAUUGCAACCUCCCAGAAUGAACUGAAGAGACCUUUCACAGAGUGUAUUGCUUGUGUGUAUUUGUGUGUGUGACCUUUGGAUGCAGUUAUUUAUGCUGUACUAACUCAUACGAGACACUCCAACAGACUCUCAAACUCUGUGACUCAGUGGACUGAAAGUUAUGCAAACACUUACUGGAAGCACUUGCUCAAGGUGCAAGACUGAGAGGCCGAGACGGAGACCCCGCAUCCUUCAUCCGAAUUUAGUCAAGCUAGCACCAUAGCGUAAAGAACUCUAACAUUAUUAACAUGCAAAAGCCACUGUAUUUGAUAUCUCCAUUCUUUACCUGACUGCUUUGGAAUAAAUUAUUUAUUUUAUGUAAUAUUUAAAGAAAAACAAAGGCAAAAAAACAUGGAAUGGACAUUUUUUAUCAUUUAUGCUCCUCUUUUAAAAAGCUAUUCUAUCGGUUACACAUGAAUAAAUAAAUAUAUUUCUCCUUA